AUGAAUUUGUACCACAUGGUAAUUCUAAGACUUGUUCCUCCCCCAUGGAAUGUAAUAUUUUUGCAAAGAUGGACUACACAAAUGAUUAUAAAGUCAUACCACUUCUUCCACAGUGACCACAGCCAAUGACCAAGCAUGAACUAAAGUGCCAGAAUUGAUUGUGGUAGGACCUCUUUUGCUGAGAAUUAAGCAAAAUGGAGCAUAAUGGGUCUGCUUCAAAUGCUGAUAAAAUCCACCAGAAUCGCCUAUCAAGUGUCUCAGAGGAUGAAGACCAAGAUGCCGCGCUUACCAUUGUGACUGUGUUGGACAAGGUAGCCUCCAUCGUGGACAGUGUGCAGGCAAGCCAGAAGAGAAUAGAGGAGAGACACAGGGACAUGGAAAAUGCCAUAAAAUCUGUCCAGAUCGACCUGCUGAAGUUUUCACAGUCACAUAGCAAUACGGGCUAUAUCAUUAACAAGUUGUUUGAGAAAACCCGCAAAGUUAGUGCUCACAUUAAAGAUGUGAAGGCCCGGGUGGAGAAGCAACAGGUUCAUGUUACAAAAGUUGAAGCCAAGCAAGAGGAAAUAAUGAAGAAAAACAAAUUCCGCGUGGUAAUAUUCCAGGAGAAGACACGGUGUCCAACUUCCUUGUCGAUCGUUAAAGACACAAACCUGUCCGAGAAUCAGGAGGUGGAGGACGACGUCUUUGAUCCCCCAAUAGAGCUCUCUUCGGAUGAAGAAUAUUAUGUUGAAGAAAGCAGAUCUGCCAGACUUAGGAAGUCAGGCAAGGAGCGCAUUGAUAAUAUCAAAAAGGCAUUUUCCAAAGAAAACAUGCAGAAGACACGGCAGAAUUUUGACAAGAAAGUGAAUAGAAUUAGAACUAGAAUAGUGACGCCAGAGAGGAGAGAGAGGCUGAGGCAGUCGGGAGAGAGGCUGAGGCAGUCCGGGGAGAGGCUGAGGCAGUCCGGGGAGAGAUUUAAAAAAUCUAUUUCUAAUGCAGCUCCCUCAAAGGAAGCUUUUAAGAUGCGUAGCCUUAGGAAAGCUAAGGACCCAGCUGUGGCGGAAAGUCGGGAAGACGGCAGGGAGCUGGGCGUGGACAUCCUCUCGAGGAGCGGGACUCUCAGCCCCAUCCGGGAGCUGUACAGUGAUGAGCUCAGCGAAGCAGAGCAGGAGGCGGCCAGGGCUGGGUCCCCUCCCCGUGAAGGAGGGGAGACCCCAACCCCCGAGCCUUUAAAGGUUACUUUUAAACCUCAGGUCAGAGUAGAGGAUGAUGAAUCUCUUUUGUUGGAUUUAAAGCAGUCAUCUUAAAGAGGAAUUACAUCUACGGCAAAUAUAAAUCUCCUUAGUCCAGCAGGUUUAGUGUCAACAGGAUAGUCCUUUGCAUUUAAAUGCCAUUUAGGAAAGCAUAUCUCUUCUUACAUUUAAAAUCUUCAAGAUAAUCUAAAUAUCAUGUACAUUUCCUAGGGAAUUCAUUCUUUCCCCUUGAGCAUAGAUGAUUCUAGCAGCUUUUUCCCUUGUGUCAACCUUUCUCAUGGCAGCUGGGGAUUUUUAAGUUCCUUUCUCUUGCCCACCAAAAACCACUUGCCUAGCUCAGGCUAAUUAGGUGUUUGUUCAUCUGAAACAAAUGAGGGACGUAUUUAUGGCCAUUAUUUGCAAGUGAACUCUCAAUUUUGGUCUAGAUUAACUUCAAAAGGAAAUGACUGAUGGGUGGACUUUCUCCAGAUGUUCACACCAACAAAUCCAUUAAUAAAUUAGCCAUCCCAGCCCCCUUUUGUUGCUUUUGCAUUAAAAAAAGUUGAAAGUUCUGGAACGGAGCAUUUGGCUGCAGCAUCAUAGUUUUACUUCUUGCAAAAGCAAUUGGCAAGUCAUCUGCCUGUUCUCAUUGAUAAGAAUGGAGAGGGUUAGCCUGCCUUGCCCUCUCUGAAGACUGCUCUGAAGAUCAAAGAAAACAUUAUGCAUUCUGGAGAACAAGAAAACAAACCUCAAAAAGAGAAUUAAAAUAAUUGCACUUGCUGAAAAAGCUCUGAGCACCAAGCAAUGAGGUCCGGGGUUGGACAGAAACUAAAGUAGGUCUUCAGAAGCCUUUCCACAGACUCGGGUGAAAAAUAAACGUGGGUGACUUUUCAUCAGAGUAGAACCAAACCUAGAGUUUUUGUUGGGUCUUAAAAUGCUCCCUGGAAAAAUCCUCUAGUGUUCUUUCUAUUGAGGUUUAUGGUGGGUUACUGCAAUAUUGAUUUGACCAGCAUGAGGCAUAAAACUGACCAGAUGGCUUCUCUGAAGUCAGCCCUGAUGCAGCGGGUUUGGAAAUGACCUCAAAUGUUUGUUUUCCAGAGUGAACCCUUCAGGACUCAAUUGUACAAAACAGUGUAGGAGUUCACAUCCAUCCUUGCUACUUUUGCAGGAAGUCAGGUUUCACUGAUCUGUUAGCUUUAAGUCAGUCAAAUCAGAAAAGAGACGGUGUUACUGAAGCAAGAAAUGGUCACACUGGCUCUGUAUGUGUAGCACGUUUAAAUCUUACAGUUUUGAGCCGGCGCCGCGGCUCACUAGGCUAAUCCUCCGCCUUGCGGCGCCGGCACACCGGGUUCUAGUCCUGGUCGGGGCGCCGGAUUCUGUCCCGGUCGCCCCUCUUCCAGGCCAGCUCUUUGCUGUGGCCAGGGAGUGCAGUGGAGGAUGGCCCAAGUGCUUGGGCCCUGCACCCCAUGGGAGACCAGGAUAAGUACCUGGCUCCUGCCAUCGGAUCAGCGUGGUGCGCUGGCCGCAGCGCGCCGGCUGCGACGGCCAUUGGAGGGUGAACCAACGGCAAAGGAAGACCUUUCUCUCUGUCCACUCUGCCUGUCAAAAAAAAAAAAAAAAAAUCUUACAGUUUUGUAACAGGGAAGAAAUGAAGAAAUGGUUGAAUUGGAAGAGUAUGCACAAUAAUCAGCCAUCUCGUUUCAUACCCCCACCCCCACUUUCAGAUAAGUUUUGGAUAGUCAUGUCACAUUUAAAAAUAAUAAAUAUAAACAUAUACACUCAGAUACACACAACCCACCUUAAAGUAUUUGACUCAGUUACCCAGAGAGUACGGCCUGGGAGCUUGAUUGAACAUCAUUUCCUCUUUACUCUGCAUGAAGACAUGAUAAAGUCAUAAGUUGUUCAUACAUUAUCUUUUUAUAUUGAAAAUAAAGGUUAUACAACAUUGAAUAAAACUUUCAAAAAAUAACUUAAAAUGUUUUAUUGCAGUUUAGAAAGAGCUUGGAUAUUUAAUCACAUAUUUCAUUAAGAGCCAUAAUACAUUUGAACUUAAAAAGACAUCGCAAAGCUUGAGGUCAGUGUUCCAGCUGUAAAUAUUUUUGCUAAUGAAUGCUAACGACAACAUGCAAAGUUUGAUGUGCUCAUCCUUGAAAUAGAUGCUUAUAGGUUAGGAAGAAUGUAACGUUAGAAGAUUUUGUUUUCCAGCCUGGUGUAAAAUAUGUAUUAAUUGGGCUAAUAUAUUUUUCUGCAAAACUAUCAAGGAAGUUUCGUGAAGUCAGUUGGCUUACGGAUCCAUUGUAUAAACCAGACUUGAACAUUUGCUGUGUAGAUGCAUUUGAAUGUUAGUCAGCUCUUCGUCACAACAGGCCCUGUGCAGCCCCCCAAGCGUUGUAAGCCUGUACUGCUAGGAUUUCCUCUUCGUUUUCCUUCUGUCUUCUGUCAUUUCUUCCAGUAUUUAGGGCAUUUCUGAAUUCCACAUUCAUAUCUCUUCUGCUUUUACCCUGUUUCCAUGGUAUAAAGGUAAUGGGCUGCAGGAUCACAUGCGUCAUGUAAUGUGAGACAUUCUAAUCUGUAUUCUUUAACAUUUCAGGCAACACAGAACAAAUUUCUCUUUUAUGUUUAGCAGUUCUAAAUGCCAGAUUUUAAAUAACUCAUUCAGAUGAAACCAUUAGCAGGAUUUAUCCCCCAGUGCAGCAUCCACAGACCCCUGGGGCAUGGAGCCUACCCUCAAGCACUUCUGCAGAGUAGACAGUGGAGCGGGGUAGGGCAAGUCUCGCCUCAUGGGUGAUCCAGGUGCUCCCUCUGUGAUGGAUGAUGGCCUGAUUCUGGCUUACCUGUUAAGGCAAAUGUGGAAUAAUAAUAAUGUGCAUGAAAAUUCCGCUCACUCUGAGUGUCCUUGAGAUGUGUGUGUGUGAAUUCCCUUGAGCAAGUUUCCAUAAAUUAAAAAUAUAAACUUUUGACUUCAUUUUUUGCCUUCCCUGCACAUUAAAGGAUUUGGUUUAGAAAAAGG